AUGCGGCAGUUUACGGCACUCUUUGUCAUUUUUAUUUUGGCGAUUUCGGUGGAAUCCAGUAGAAGAAGUCGGCUAUUUCGGGUGAGCAACUUGCAGAUUUGAAUUUUUGUACGGGUUUCUGCGCUUUAGAAAUUGUUCCAAAAGCCUGUGAACUAUGAUGAAGCUCCGACGAACGUGAAAACGGAAUGGUACAAAAAUAUGAGAUUGGAUCACUUUACAUGGGGAGACACGCGAGUAUUCGACAUGAGGUGAGCACUCGGAAGAGCCGAAAGAGAAAGAGCAUGCGAAUAAUUGAAGAGUGAUGUAUAAUGACACUUUCUACAAACCGGGCGGUCCGAUCUUCUUCUACACCGGAAACGAAGGAGGUCUCGAAUCGUUCGUGACGGCCACUGGAAUCAUGUUCGACCUCGCUCCACAGUUCAACGCGUUCAUCAUCUUUGCUGAGCACAGAUUCUACGGAAAAACUCAGCCAUUCGGAAACAACUCUUACGCGAAUCUGGCCAAUGUGGGCUACUUGACCAGUGAGCAGGCACUGGCCGACUAUGCGGAAUUGCUCACCGAACUUAAAAAGGACAACAAUCAGUUCGGAUUGACGUUCGCGCAGAGCACGAGAGUCAUUUCAUUCGGAGGAUCGUACGGUGGAAUGCUCUCCGCGUGGUUUCGACAGAAAUAUCCCCAUCUCGUUCAAGGGUUGGGACACUUGAAAUUAUGACCGAAUAAUUUAAAAGUAGAAGAGUUCAGAGCGUGGGCGGGAUCAGCCCCACUCAUCUACAUGCACGGAGGUGGUGUCGAUCCAGGAGCAUUCGACAAUAUCACUACGCGAACUUAUCUGGACAACGGAUGCAAUCGGUACAUCCUCGCGAACGCCUGGAAUGCCGUUCUGAACCUUUCCAGCACUGGUAAAUGAACCAUCCGCCGCUUUUCUUGUUCACAUUCGUUUUGAGACGACGGAAGAUCUUGGCUCAACAACAACACCGUCUUCAAGCUGGAUCCGAGGACUCCGAUCCGGAACACGACGGACGGCUGGAAUCUGAAUGCGUUCUUGAGGGAAGCGAUCGAGUACAUGGCAAUGGUCGAUUAUCCCUAUCCAACGGGGUUUCUGGAGCCCCUUCCGGCGUGGCCAGUUGCGGUAAGCGAGAAGACGAGAGAAGGGAGUUACGUGGCAGUUUCAGGUUGCCUGUGGAUUCAUGAACGCGACGGGGACCUCUUUCAGUGAUCAGGACUUGGUCAGUAUGGUGGCCAGAGCGUCGAACGUCUAUUACAAUUACAACAAUGUGGGUCCUUCGAUCGGACUUUUAGGAUCUUCCAUUUCAGGUGGAAAACUUCACGUACUGCAUUGAUUAUUCGGUGUGCGGAGAUCAGGGAACGGGCGGUCUCGGGGACGAUCAACUCGGUUGGCCGUGGCAAGAAUGCUCCGAGAUCAUCAUGGCGAUGUGCGCGAAAGGAGGGGACAACGACAUCUUCUGGCCGGAAUGCAUGGAUGACAUCUACAAAACUUUCGAGGAAACCUGCUAUGCCACCUUCGGAACGUACGAGUGCACAGCUCUUUGUUUCCGGUCCUAAAUCUCUCUUUCAGCAUGGGAUGGAACAUUUCCAACUGGAACAUCGACGCCGUCAAAACUCUUUAUGGCUACGAUCUCUCUGGAUCCAGCAAUCUGAUUCUCACGUCAGUUCAAUCGAAUGUACUUCUAAGACCUGCUCGUUUUCAGUCAAGGUCACCUCGAUCCAUGGUCCGGAGGAGGCUAUAAAUCGGACCAAAACAACGCGGCACGUGGCAUUUACGUGCUCGAGAUUCCCGGCUCCGCCCAUCAUCUGGAUCUCCGUCAACCGAACACUUGCGACCCGAAUACAGUGACGAAUGCUCGCUUCCAGGUCAGUGUCAUUUUUCUCAUACACAUCACAGCUCCACUUUCAGAUCAUUGACAUUCUGACGUGCUGGGUGGAUCCCAACUGCAAUACGAUUCCCGUUCUUCGAGAUCUCCCGUCCAUCAGCAUUCCGAUCGGAGAAUGCAAAGAUGUCGUCGGAGGAUAUCCUUGGGGACAAACCAGGGACAAUUCUGCAGCUAAUUUAUCCUUCUUUAUUGUUAUCGCAUCCCUUUUCUAUGUUCUCUUUUAA